UUCUGCGAAAACUUGCAGCACAUCAAAACAUCAAAAUCGCUCCAUCGGAACGGAACGCCAGCUCGUAUAUCGCACAGCUGCUGCUACUGGUGGUAAUAAAUCCAGGAACCUAUCUACAUUGAAAUCGUACGGUACAGUUCGAUCAGUAGCGACACAUAAAAAGAAAUCGGAAAACGGAUAUUGUGGAUUAUAGAUCUUCGCGUGAUUUGUUGGCUAACAAAAAAAAAAUAUAUCCUGCUCCUUGGAGGAAACCCGAGUGGCGAUUGGAAUCUAUAUCGCAGAUUGCGGAGUGCACAAGGGUGGGCAGCACCGCACCGCACUUUUCUAUGAUCUCAAACCACCUGCUAGGCCAGCUCUAAAGCCAUGGAAACCAACGAAACGUACUUCCCGUACUACGUCCCGGACCGGGACUCCUGUCUGGUGUUGAACAAAACGAAAAUCAUCCUGAACCUCUACGAAGGCAUCCCGGAAACGCUUAUGCUGAACGUCAUUGCGUGGGCUUUCCUAAUUUUGCUAUUUACGCUCCUGCGGCAGCAAGCAUGGGACUACGGUCGCCUGGCGUUGGUCAAUAGCCACGGGGAGAACAAGCGAUGGACACAGCUGUUCUACGCCCAUGGAAACGUGGGCGGUCCAAACGGGGUCGAAACGAGCGACGCCAGUAUCAACAUCGAUCGGGGGUUCUUUUCCUGGAUCAUUGCGACCUGGCGGUUAACGAAAGAGCAAAUACUGACCCACAGCGGACCGGAUGCCGUGCACUAUCUGUCCUUCCAGCGACAUCUGAUGAUAGUGAUGGGAAUCAUCACGUUCAUCUCAAUCACUAUCAUUCUGCCGAUCAACUUCUCCGGAACGUUAAGUGGAGAUAAGAAUUCAUUCGGUCAUACGACCAUUUCGAAUCUGGACCCAAAUUCGGGAUCGAUGUGGGCUCAUGUGGUGUUUACGAUAGCGUACGUCCCAAUGGUGGUGCUGAUUAUGCGGCGAGCUUCCGGCAGGAAUGCAUUCAAAACCGCACCAACCCGAACCGUAAUGGUGAUGAAUGUUGCGCAAGCCGAUUGUGACAAACGGGUCAUUCGGACGUAUUUGCAGCAGCUGUUUCCGGACGUGGGGAUCGAAGAUAUUCAGAUGGCUUAUAACAUCAGCAGCUUGAUCAAGGCGGCCGAAGAGUACGAGAGGAUAGCGGAUGCCAGGAUCUACUGUGAGGUACACCGGAAUCGGGAUCGCGAACCAGUACAAGCCAAGAUGUCCUGCUUCACUUGCCAGACGGUAGAUGCUCUCGAGUACUACAAGGAGGAAGAAGCACGGCUUGCAGGACAAGUUUCCCGUCUACGAGCAUCCGCUCUCAAUGAACCACUUGGCAUCGCUUUCAUUACACUGAACACGGCGCAGGAAGCGCAGCAUGUCAUUCUCCACUUCAAGCCGGGAACCUACCGCAAUUGGGAUCUAGCAUACGCUCCGGCACCGUCGGAUAUUUUCUGGGAAAAUUUGAACAUCGACACCGCUCAGUGGUACUGCAAAUGGGUCACCGUCAACCUGAGCCUAUUCCUGUUCCUAUUCUUCCUGACGACUCCGGUGAUUAUAGUCAACCAGUUGGAUACGUUUGCGUUGACCAAGAACACGACAUCGCAAAUCAGCAAGAUCAGCCCCCUGGUUUCGGAAUUCCUUCCAACGUUGCUGCUGUGGUCGAUGUCCGCGUUGAUGCCCGUUAUUGUAGCGUACUCCGAUACGUGGCUAUCCCACUGGACCCGAUCUCGGCAAAACUACGUAAUCAUGACCAAAACAUUCGGGUACUUACUGUUCAUGAUCUUGAUUCUGCCGUCCCUUGGUCUAACCAGCGCCGAAGCAUUCCUUCAGUGGACCAUCCACUACAACGAGACCUACCGUUGGGAGUGCAUCUUCUUACCGGACAAGGGUGCGUUUUUCGUGAACUACAUCAUAACUGCUGCCUUCAUCGGUACCGCAUUGGAGUUGAUUCGUUUUCCGGACCUGAUCUGCUACAUGUGGAAACUGGCAACAGCUAAAUCUCGCGCCGAAACACCAUACAUCCGGAAAUCAAUUCUCAUCACGUUCCCAUUCGGAAUCCACUACGCGUGGAUGGUGAUGGUCUUCACGAUGAGCACCGUCUAUAGCCUGGCUUGUCCUCUGAUCAUGCCCUUCGCAAUGGUCUACAUCAUGCUGAAGCAUUUCGUAGACAAACACAACCUAUUCUUCGCGUUCGCACCAUCAAACAUGAUCAGCCAGGGAAGCGGAGGGAAGAUCCACAGCACCGCAGUUACAAUGACCAAAGUUUCCGUAGUUCUCCUGCUAUUCAUAAUGGCGGCAUUGGCGUGGGUUCGUGCCGGAGCACUGGAAAUGCGAGCCUUGAUCCUGAUCUUGGCGUUUUGCGUGACGUUGAUCAUGUUCACGUUCAUGUCCCCAAUCAAAAAGUGCACAACCAAACCAUUGAGCAUCGUGGAAAUUGAAGGACCGGCACCGAUCUACGUCGCCGAUGUGCUCAUCAACCGGAGGAUGAUAUCGGAUAGCCCGUCUCAUCUGAGCUACGGUUCCGAUACCACGAUGGACAUUGUGAUGGACGAUGCCGGACGGAGUGUGACGGCGUAAGCGUAAACUUACCAGGCUUGCUCGAGUUUUUGCGCCCUCACACUCUCUCUCUUUCGCUGCUAUAAACACAUUCGGUUUUGCUAAUACGUGCUUUCCAUCGUUCGACUGCUAUUCAGGUGUAUCGUUUCGUCGAAAACAUUGUGAUUCUGUUUUUAGUUUUAUUUUUAUGAGCAGUAACAUAUUUACAUUAUUUAGUCUAAUUAUUGUAAUCGUAAAUUAUUUGUAAUAUUUUUUACCAAUAUGUAUCGUUUGAUUCUAAACGUCUGAUUAUGAUGAUGAUGGUAGAGAAAAUUGUAGACACAUCACCAAAAAAAAUUAAAUUCUUGUUUUCAAGAAAUCUAACUAGUUGAAUUUGUUAUUAUCGUUUAUUGUAUUUAGAAUGCAACACGGGCGUACAGAGUGCUAAUGAGAUUUCCAUAAUCCGCUCCACGAAGUAAAA